UGAGGAAGGGAACAGUUACUGAAUUAAACCCCCCUUGCCCAACGAUGCAUCGGUACACGGACACCUUCCUCUUCCAGCGUUAUCACAUGCUAAAGGUCUGUACGGUCGGACUGAAGGCAUCCGUGCUGGAGAGGCUGUGAGAUGCUUUUGCCGGAUGAAGUGUGACGCACCAGUUGACGGAGCUGGCAGACAGCUGUGAAAGAUUGCGUCGGCAUUGCUUCAUCGAAGGACUUUAAAAUCCAGAUCACAAGACUUGGCGCCUCCGUAAAGUCCAGUACUAAUAGCGACCACUACCUGAAGAACCACAGUGGUGAUGGACAACGGAGGGUUUUGCGACGAUAAUUAUCAGAGUGGAAGCAGUGAUGAUGAGCUGGUGGACAUUUCAGAUGUUACAGUGGACUUCAGUGAGGAUGUCCCGCCUCUGGAUCGAGAUUACAGCGCGGGCCGCUGUAAAGCAGAAUGGAGGCCAAACAACAGUCCCAAGCUGAUGGAUCUACUGGAUGACACUGUUCCUGGCAUUGGCACCUACGAGGACUUCAACACCAUCGACUGGGUUAGGGAGAAGUCUAAAGACCGAGAUCGGCAUCGAGAGAUCACCAAUAAGAGUAAGCAGUCCACAGUAGCCUUGCUCUUCAGCAUCAGUGAUGCCUUUUCCGGCUGGCUUCUGAUGCUUUUCAUUGGACUCAUGUCAGGGGCCUUGGCCGGAGGUAUAGACAUUGCUGCCCAUUGGAUGACAGACCUUAAAGAGGGCGUGUGUCUGAACGGGUUCUGGUUUAAUCACGAACACUGCUGCUGGGCUUCCAAUGAGACCACUUUCCAGGAAAGAGACAAGUGUCCUCAGUGGAAAAGCUGGGCAGAACUCAUGGUUGGAGUCAGUGAGGGGCCUGGAUUGUAUGUGCUGAAUUAUUUCAUGUAUAUGUGCUGGGCUCUUCUCUUCGCCUUCCUCACAGUGAUUCUGGUGAGAGCCUUUGCCCCUUAUGCCUGCGGUUCAGGAAUACCAGAGAUUAAGACCAUCCUGAGUGGCUUUAUAAUUCGGGGUUACCUAGGGAAGUGGACUUUGAUCAUCAAGACCAUCACACUGGUGCUGGCCGUCUCGUCCGGCCUCAGUCUGGGGAAGGAGGGUCCGCUGGUUCACGUAGCCUGCUGCUGCGCAAACAUCCUAUGCCAUUUCUUCACCAAAUACCGUCGAAAUGAGGCCAAGAGACGAGAGGUGUUGUCUGCAGCAUCUGCAGUGGGAGUGUCUGUAGCGUUUGGUGCUCCUAUUGGAGGAGUGCUUUUCAGUCUGGAAGAGGUCAGCUACUACUUCCCUCUGAAAACUCUGUGGCGUUCGUUCUUCGCUGCUCUGGUCGCAGCAUUCACCCUUCGCUCCAUUAAUCCCUUCGGCAACAGCCGAUUGGUCCUUUUCUACGUGGAGUUCCACACUCCCUGGCAUCUUCUGGAACUCAUACCUUUUGUGCUUCUGGGCAUCUUCGGUGGCCUCUGGGGUGCUUUCUUUAUUCGUGCUAACAUUGCCUGGUGCCGGCUCCGAAAGAACACCUGCCUUGGGCACUACCCUGUCCUUGAGGUUGUGGUGGUCACCCUGUUAACAGCGUUUCUAGCGUUCCCAAUCGAGUACACCCGGAUGAGCAGCAGCGAACUGAUCUCAGAGCUGUUUAAUGACUGUGGUCUGCUGGACUCAUCGAAACUCUGCGGGUACACCAGCAACAGUGGAAGCGCAUCAGGAAGCGUUAAUGCCACUGCCGCUAAUGGCCUGGGGGCUCGGCUGGCAGGGCCAGAUCUCUAUACAGCUAUGUGGCAGCUAGCUCUUGCACUGCUCUUAAAGAUGAUCUUCACUGUGGUUACAUUUGGCAUGAAGGUGCCAUCUGGUUUAUUCAUACCUAGUAUGGCGGUGGGGGCCAUAGCAGGCCGACUUCUUGGUGUGUGCAUGGAGCAGCUGGCCAUACGCCACCACGAAGGGGACAUUUUCAGAGGCUGGUGCUCUCCAGGGGCAGACUGCAUCACGCCGGGCCUGUACGCCAUGGUGGGCGCAGCAGCCUGUCUGGGUGGUGUGACCCGUAUGACUGUCUCUCUGGUGGUCAUUAUGUUCGAGCUGACGGGAGGUUUAGAGUACAUCGUGCCCCUCAUGGCUGCCGCCAUGACCAGCAAAUGGGUCGCGGACGCUCUGGGUCGUGAGAGCAUCUACGAGGCCCACAUCCGCCUCAACGGUUACCCUUUCCUGGAGGCCAAAGAAGAAUUCCGUCACAAGACUCUUGCCACAGAUGUGAUGCGGCCACGGCGGGGCGACCCACUGCUGUCUGUGCUGACGGAGAGCGGAAUGACUGUAGAGGAGGUGGAGAGACUCAUCACAGACACCACCUACAGCGGCUUUCCUGUGGUGAUCUCACAGCAGUCUCCGAGAUUGGUGGGCUUUGUGUUGAGGAGGGAUCUGGUCAUAUCCUUAGAAAAUGCCCGGCGGAAUCAGGAGGGUGUGGUCAGCAUGUCUCCCAUCCUGUUCACUGAAUGUGAUCCACCCAUGUCACCCAGUGCACCUCCUGCAGUCAAACUGCACAGCAUCUUAGACCUCAGCCCCUUUACGGUCACUGUGCACACGCCCAUGGAAAUCGUAGUGGACAUCUUCCGCAAGCUCGGCCUGCGGCAGUGCCUCGUCAUUCAGAACGGGCGUUUGCUGGGAAUCAUCACUAAAAAGGACAUUCUUAAACACAUGGCGCAGAUGGCCAACAGAGACCCGGAUUCAAUCCUCUUCAACUGAAGACUCUCAAGACUGAAUGGACACUCCUGCACACACACACACACACACACACACACACAGA